GACUAUAAUUAAUUUGCAUAGAUCUACAUGUGAUGAGAACUCACUUUAAAAUUUCUAUUUUGCAAUUUGGCUUAUAGAGGAUUGUGGAGGUAGAAAGCUGCAGCAUCUAAAGAAGGGUGGGUGACAAAGAAGAUGGCUGAUCAGGACAAGAUUCUUGACAUCCUCCAUCCCUCAACAUAUCUGGAGUGGGAGGAAUGGCCUUCUCUACCAGUGAAGAUGAGUAAUGCCGCUUCAGUGUAUCUGAAUGGAACACUCUAUUUUGGAGGAGGGAUUACUGAUGAACCUGGUUGGAGAGCUGAAGCUUCACUGUACUCAUUCAAACCUGGAGUUGACAGAACAUGGACAGUGACAGACACACCCACCUAUCGCUAUACCCUUGUCACCCAUAACUCUGAACUGCUACUGGUGGGUGGGUGUGAGUAUCCUACAAUAGAGACAACAAACAAAGUCUUCACGAUGAGGGGUGGACAGUUUGUUGAAGCACUGCCUCCUAUGAAGGAGACACAACGCUCCCCAUCUGCUGUCAGUAGUGGAUCUGCACUAGUUGUGGUUGGAGGGACGAAUACCUCAGGAGAUCUCUCCUCUGUGGAAGUGUUCAAAGAUGGCCAGUGGACCACUGCUCCCUCCCUACCAAAUGCAAAUGCAGGACAAGACAUCAAGUCUGUUCUCCAUGGUGACCAGUGGUACCUGAUCACCUCUGUGGGAAAAGUAUUCCGUACAUCACUACAAUCACUCAUAUCUGGAUCCGACCAGUCACCAUGGGAGACGCUACCUGAUGCUCCUAAUUGCUAUUCAACUGCUGCCUUCUUUGGUGGCCGUCUCUUGUCCAUUGGAGGAGAUCGAGGAAGGGCUUAUGAUGACCUCACAACAGCCAUCUAUGCCUUCUCCUCCAGCACCCAGUCCUGGGAACAUGUUGCUGACCUGCCACUACCACUGACACACUCAUCUGCUGUUGUGCUGCCAACUGGAGAGCUAUUGGUUAUCGGAGGGACAGAUAAACGUGAAAAGCCCAGCAAUAAAGUGUUCAGAGCUUUUUUAAAAGUACCAUUGAUUGUACAGUUCAACAUACCCAAGCUGCAUCAACUGCACAAGUAUGGAAUCAAUCUCAUGGAACUUCUCUCUAAAGAUCGGUAUCGAUUCCACAUUACCUCGGGAGUACAUCUUUUAGUGAAAGACAGAAAGAAAGCUCCCACACUCUCUCCUAGUGAUUACGUUGAGCUGAUCUUCAAUGCUUGGAAGAGAAGCAAGCGACCAUCUUACCCCCCUACCUGGGAGGGCCUGUUCACUGUCCUGAGGAAGAUGGACCUGGGUCACCUCACGGAGCAGAUAGCCAAGUGUGUGACUGGGUCACUGCCAGAGAUAGAAGACUCACCUCUGCCCUCUGAAUCAGAGGUCCAGUUAAGCAAAGAACAAGUUCGAAACAAAGAACAAGAGGUCCAACUAAGCCCUGGAGACAAGGAACAAGCUACAGCUGGUGGAGAAAGUUCUGUGACUGAAUUGAGAUCUGAAGUGAAACGACGGCUUCUAGAGUAUGAGAGUCUGCAGGCGGAGCUGGAUCAGUUGACUGAUGAGUAUGACGAGCAAGCUGACAAGAUUCACCAGCUAGAAAAAGAAAUUGAAUACCUGAGAAACGAGAUUCAUUUUCUCCGAGCUGAGAGCAAAGGACUGGUUCCAGUGAAGCAGGAACUCAAGGUUGAACCAGGUUAUCAAGAUGUCAUAUCAUGUCCUCAUCUACCAACUGAAGUCUUGAGUCAACCACAGGAAUCCAUACACAGUUUUGACCUCCCUGGUGUUGAAGUUGUGGCCAGCACAUGUGUGAUCGUCACCAACUCACUCCAAACCAUCCACUGGGUUGGCUAUGGAUUCAAGCUCACCAUACCCCAGGGCUCCCUGCCAGCUGGUGUUGACCAGUGUCAACUAGAAAUCAAGGCCAGUGUAGCUGGGCAGUACCAGUUUCCUGACAAUCUCCAGUUGGUCAGCGGUGUCUUCUGGAUACGUCCUCUUCCCUUGUGUCGAUUCCAACAGCAGCUGACAGUCGAGAUACAGCACUGUGCCAAAAUGACCAGCUCAACCAAGCUCUCAUUUGUGAGAGCACAUUGCUCCCAGGAGAGUAUGCCCUACACAUUCAAGCAGCUUGAAGGGCGUGGCUCAUUCACCGAGCACAGCUCGUAUGGUUGUUUAAGUGUGAAUCAUUUCAGUUCAUAUGCAAUAGCUGCGGAGGGUGAUGUUGAUCUACUGUAUGUCGCCAGUCUAUACUACCUAAAGGCCGACCCUCGGACCGUGGAAAUUCAUUUCACAAUCAAUGUGGAUGAUGCAGUACAUAAUGCCGCAACACAAUAUUAUUUCCAAAAGUUGGGUGCAGAAAAUAAACUGACUUUGGAAGUGGAAUUUGAAGACUCAAAUAUUUCACUGGAUAUACCAAUAACCAGCGGUGUUGAUAUCGAUGAAUGGAGACUAAAACCACUUGUUAAACCAAAGAUAUCUAAGAAAAGAGUCAACUCCUUCAAGCCGGGGAGAAUCGUUCCAUCCACAAAACUUGAAGCGACACUCUCUGAGAGUAGCUGGGGCUGCAAGGUACCAAAACGUUCACACCUAACAACUUUGAAAGGAACUAAGGAGCCUGAUAACCAAAUAUGGAUUGUACUGGACCCAGUGGAUCCAAAUCAAGUGGCCCCUCCUCCUCAAGUGCUCAACCCCAUGAGUGCAGUGGCAAUCCCAGGUCAGCAAUCUGGGAGCCAUUAUGCAGUGCUAGCUCCCUCUCUGCCAUCGUUACACGAGUUUCCCCCGUCCCUCCUGUCAGUGGAGCAGUCCCACACUUCUCUCACUCUCUCCUCUGCUACACCCCCUCCACCCCCUCACUGGAACACUCGGCUACAACAAUGGAGUCACACAGGUGAGGAUGAUGAAAGAGAUGAAGACCAAUUAUGCAUUGAGGGUUUGCAAGAUAUUUUUUCUCUAUUAAUUAAGGCCGCUAAAGAUUGGUUUGAGUUGGGCCUCGCUUUGGGAAUUAAAGUUAACACUCUUGAGGGUAUCAAAUCUAAGGAGAACUGCGAUAAAGCUCGCUUGCGUGAAAUGCUGACCCACUGGUUGCGAUCUUCAUCUUCUCGUACAUGGAGUGACAUUUGCAAUGGCCUCAGAAGUGACACUGUCCAACAAGACGUUCUAGCAGAUAUAGUCGAAGAGAAAUACAAAGGAGCAACUCCCUGGGAGCACUCGUCCCGACCACGCCCCCUCACUGGUGAGAAGAGAGAGGCCACUGAACACACUGAGCAAGGCAGUUCCCCCCAAGAGACCUCGGUCAGAGGAGCAGUGAGGGAGGAGAAUGGAUUACGUACACUGUCCAGCUUGUCUGUUGAUGGUUACCUCCUCAAGAAAACAGGGGAACAGUACUAGAGUACAAUACUAGAACACAACAUUAUCAAUGGCAUACCUUAAUUAUAAUUAUUUUUAUGCUAAGUGCGAUUCAAAUAUUCCAAUUUCGUUGACAUGCAUUGAUCAGUUCAGUUGUAGUAAUAAUUUAA